CAUCUCCCGAGAGAACAACUCAGCGCUGAAAUCGACCAUGAGCGAACGCCGAUCUCCUCGUCGGGUGAGGCUCUCCAAAGCGAAGCUGACAGAGCCCGAGAGGCAGUUUCUGCUCCAAUGCCUGGGCGACGAGGACUUCUUCUCCGCGGACAGCGGCUCGGACUUUGAGUCCUUGCCAGGCAGCCCUCGGAAUGACGCAGACGAAGCCUUGGCGAAGAGGAUCCGCUUCCUUCUGAGCAAGGGGGACUCGGAUGGUGAGGACGACGAGUUGCCCAAUGAUGCAGGCCUCUCACUUGAGACCAUCCACGCCUUCGACCCAGCGUCAUUGGCGCGGCUAGGUAAGCGCAACGUGCUGAACUAUAUUUUCAUUGACGACGAUGAGGAGGAGGAUGGGUGCACCGAAGGCAUUGAGGAGAUCUUCAGCUUCGACAUGGACAAAGUCGCAGAGGCUUUGCGGCGAGGUGUCGACCGGUCGGAGCUGAGUUCAGUCAUUGAAGAGGCGAUGGUGAAGGACCUGCCAGUCCGCAUCUCCAGAUCCCAGGCCAUGCCCAGUAGCAGCUCUACAUUGACACCUCGCACUGGCGAGCUCUCAGGGCUGAUGACGCCCCCCAGCAUGCCGGACUUGGAAGGCCUCAUGACGCCUCCCAAAGGCCCUGCGUCGUCUUGCGGGCAAGGAAAGCGGUUUGAGAUGGAGGCGGAGUUGGCCGCGCGCUUGGAGCCGCUGGAAAAGCCUCCAGGAGGGCGUCAGAGCUGCCCUGCCCGGGCGGGCAUGCGUCGCUCUAGCAUUGCCCAACACCCGCAGCUUCUGGAGGCUGUCUCCGCGGCCACCGCGCGGCACCGCCGCAGCAUGGCAAAGGUGGUGGAAGCAGAGCUGCGGCAGGAUGGGCUGCGUCCCUCAGUGGCCGCCAAGGUGCGGCGGUCGGUGGCCAGCGCCCAGCGCCAUCGGAGGGCCUCCUUCAUCCGUGCCGCCGAGGUCCUGGAGGUUGCCGGUGUAGGCGUCGGUGAGUCUGGCGCACAAGAGGAGGUGCUCGAGCAGCUGGACGUGGUGCAGCAGGCGGUGGAGGAGGCGGCGCGGCGCCACCGCCAGAGCAUCAUCGUUGCCGUUGCGCACGUGACCAACACCAUUGACGAAGAGGAGCCCGAGCCUUUGCCCGAAGGACAUGAGGAUGACGCGCCCCUCUCGCCCACUUCGCCCACUUCCCCCGCGUCGCCCUUGAACUUCGAGAGCUACCUGCAAGAUGCCGUCAAUGAGAUCAUCGCUGCUGCCUUUGCUGGUCUCCGGUCUUGUGGAUGCCUCUCUCGAAAGCGCUGAGCCCGCGCGGUGCGCGAGCGAGCGGCCGCGCGCGAGCGUGCCAGCGCCAAACCGGCAGUUGGAGGAACUAGCAGCAAAAGAGCUUCAUGCUGACAGGUGUCAGCUGUGCCGGCUAACGCAAGGUAGGUCAAAGCUUGAGCUCGCUCACUUGGUCCAGUGCCCGAUUCUUGCGAUGCUCCCAUUCGCUGGCCAAGGGUUGCAAUGAGACAGUAG